CGUCACCUGCUUCCGCGAAAAGAAAGAUAACAACAACACGCCGCCGAGUUCAGCUUUCGAUAUCGUUUUCCACUGAAAUCCAGUGGCUAAGAUUCGUUCUUGCAAUCGGGCGGAACAUGGGACAAACAACACCCAGCGGUGGAUUCGACGUUUGCUCGCUCUGAUCGCAGCUCAAACACCGUUUUUAUAAUGUCCGUGCUGGUCCAGAGCAGUCAUGGCUGGGUUUUGGAUGCACGCCCGCUUAUUGAUCAGGGGUACACGCGUUGCAUCCGAUGUAAGGACAGUCAAAAGUCACGUGUCAAGUGUUGUUUCAAAAGGCAGUACUUUCAUAUUGUAAAAAGCCACAACAGCGUGAAUAAGAGCGCUGCGGUGGAUGAUGGAGCAAACACGGAUCCGUUGCAGAAAACAGACAAACCACCAAAGAAAAGGAAACGAAGACACAGUGAACUGAACCAGGGCGAGGUUGAUUCACAGGCCUUCCAUGAGAAGAUCAGGUCUGUGAUCCAGGAGGGAACCAAGUCCUUGGUGGACUCCGCUCGAUCUCUCGGACACCUGAGCGGAGUGUCGGAUGAGGUGACAGGGCCUCUUCCCUCCCUGGAGUGCAGCCUUGCCGCUCUGUGUGAAAUGGCUAAAGAGCUCCCUCUCGUGGAGGACGAGGAGCAGGAGGAGUGCGCUCAGCUACUGGCUGCUGAAGAUGGCUGUACAUCACACGUUGACUUGUUCUCUCGGGUUACAGAGAACAGGACGGCCUGGGCCACGGUGGUUAUACUGAUGGGGGACGAAUAUGUUAUACCACCAGACGCGGGCUUCCUGCUCUCUGAUUACACGAGAAUACAACCUCUAGUUCAGUAUGGAAGGAGGUUCGACUUAAUAGUUAUGGAUCCACCGUGGGAAAACAAGUCCGUGAAGAGAAGUCGCAGAUACAGUUCUUUGCCCUCGACACAGCUGAAACGGCUCCCCGUCCCUCUGCUGGCGUCUCCAGACUGUUUAGUGGUCACCUGGGUGACAAACCGGCCGAGCCACCUGCGCUUCGUCCGCGAUGAGCUCUACCCACACUGGGGAGUAGAAGUGGUGGCUGAAUGGUUCUGGGUCAAGGUCACCUCGUCUGGACAGUUUGUGUUCCCGCUGGACUCAGAUCAUAAGAAGCCGUAUGAAGUUCUGGUGCUGGGCCGGUAUCGUUCUUCUGCGGCGGAAAACUCCACAAGCUCUUCAGAGGUCCCUGUGGAGGAUCAGCGUCUGAUUGUCAGCGUCCCAUCAGCUCUCCACUCCCAGAAGCCUUCACUCUCAGACGUGUUGAAGCCCUACGUCGGAGCUGACCCCAAGUGCUUGGAGCUGUUUGCCCGCAGUCUUCAACCGGGAUGGACGAGCUGGGGCAACGAAGUCCUCAAAUUUCAGCACACGAGCUACUUCACAUUGACACCUUUUGACGAUCGAGGAGACGUUCCCGAAGGCAAGGCCGCUGAAAAACCCACAGCCUCACCUGUGUGCCGCUCGCCUGGAGAAUCUGUUUACCGUCCCACCACCGGGGACUGAUGAGUGACCGUCCGUGACUUAUCAGAUUAGUGUUUUUAGCGUGUUUUUUAAUAAAGAUUCCACACCAAACUA